UAAGCGCCAUCUUGAUGCAGUUCACCGGCUGGUCGACUUGCACUUUUGUCGCGCUCAGUGUAAUCUACCAGGGUCGCCGGCUUAUCACUCACAAGCGCCUGUGAAAUGGGGGCUUUGUUACCAAACUGAAAGGAUUCAAGGACGAAGGGGCCUCGAAGGAUGCGGUACGCAACCCCUUGCAUCGUGACCAACGCUUUGCAUCAACAUGGCGUCGGGGACUGGUUGACAACUGGACAACAAUAGAUCGCGGAGAGGGAGGUCGUUCAGCCGUGACGUCGCAUGACGCGGUUCAAGUUAGGCUUCACCUAAUGACCAAACUCUCUCUAUAAACGGCUCUGGGUUCACAGAUCGAGCAGCGCCAUCUCACGGGCCAACUCAGGGCCGUGGUGGAUGGAACUACCCAGUGGACGUAGCAUCGCCAAAAGCACGUCCCCGUCUACGUUCGAACCUCUGCCCCCACGGGUCCUCCAAUUGGCGCGCUCCGGGUGGGCGGGGCGUGCGAGGGAGAGGGAAAAUCUCAGGCCAGCUCUUUGAGAGAAUAGUCGAUUUUUUUACUAUUAGGGAUACCACAGCGUGGUGCUCAUGGCGCUCGUCGAUGCAGAUAAAAAGGCCAUCUUCGUAGAUACCGGGGUCCACGGAAGGUGUAACGACUCUGUGAGCUUCCGUGGUACGGAACUAUUUCAGAAGCUCGAGAGUGGAGAGUGCAAUAUCCCUGAACCUGUCCCACUCCCUGGCCAAAAUGGCCCAACUGCUUUCGUAGUGGUCGCGGACGCAGCCUUCCCAAUGAAAGACUACAUGUUGAGACCACCAGAAAGAACUCAAAGAGAACUGCAAAGCAAAGCAAAUCGUGUGUACAGUUACAGGCACUCAAGGGCACGACAUGUCGUCGAAAGUUUCUUUGGGAUAAUGGCCUCACGGUUCCGUGUCCUGCUGACCGAGAUAAAUGGACUGCCUGAGAACAUAGCACAGAUAAUACUUGCAUGCUAUGCCCUACACAACUACGUGAGCCACAAGGGGAACCAAGGCGCGACAUCACAGUCAACUGGAGUUCUUGAAGACCUGUCAGGAUUUGGCACAAGGGCAUCGGAAAAUGCUCGAACAGACAGGUUCAGGGACUACUUUGUCAGCGAGUGCGGCACCGUGUCGUGGCAAGACAAAUACCUAGACAAAUAA